AUGGGGACCCGGUGGGGAGACAACGGGUACGCCUACUUGCAGGGAGGUAUGGGAACUGAAUGCAUGUGCAACUUGGCCGAAGGAAUGUCGUGGCUGGUAAAGCCUAGAGCCAGUGUGUCUGGUGCUCGGCUGAACCAAACCAAAUGUCAAACCCUGGUUCUCAACGGCCACCUUGACCCUGCUGACACCGAUGGUGGGGGUCUCCUGAACAUUGUGCCCUCAGGCCAACCUGUCAAGUACCUCGGGCUCAUGUUCGGCCACCGACUACCAUCCGACUACCAGCUCAACCUCGUCAAUGAGAGGUGGUCCUGUCCAGCUUCCAACAUUGGGGUUGCCGUGCUCGCACACUGCAAGGACUCCAUGCUCAAUCGACAGCAUAUCCUCUUCCAACGCUCUACAUCUACCAGCUUGAACAUCUUGGACGCGGGGUCCCGCUUUUGUCGAAUGUUUGACGAGGUGAUGCGCUCGUUGGAACAAGACCAUCUAGAGUGGGUACUCCACCAAGAAGGCGAAAUGGUCGUCGAAAUCAUGACGAAAUUAAUCAAGCCAGAAUCGCUGAAGACAGCGGGUCAAAAUCAGCUGAGUUGCAGCGGAACAAGGCGUUGA